CUUAAACUAAAGGGUUCAGCAUUCUGAAUGGCAAUACGUUAUGUGUAGAUAUGCCGAUGUGGUGCUUAAUUUGCUAUCUUCGUGUAAUUUUUUUUGUCCAGCAUUGAUGUGUAUAUGCUUAGGGUAUGAUGAUGCCUCUGUUCUGUUAUACUAUCAAUGUGUUGACAAUGUUAGGCAUAAACCAAUGUAUCUACGGUGCAUAGUUCAGGUCCCAGUAUUCUACCUCAUAUGGAGUUUCCUGAGAUAUUUUUUAUAGUCCCUUUUUUUCAUCCUUUGCUGUGAUCCUGUCCUUUGAGCCAUGGUAAUUGGCUCCUCCCUAUUUCUGCGUGUGCUGGUGCAUCUAGAUCCACCCUGCUUAGUUCCAUCUCAAUUAGCUUCUUCAAACCACUAGAUUGAUCUCCGUAUGAUAGUUGAUCCAUAAAUAAUGCAUCUUCACUGGUCAAAGUAAACAUUUUUUAGUGAUGGGCCAACUUGGAGUUGCUUAAUUUGCUAUUUUUGUGUACUUGUUGAAUCCAGAAUCUCUGUACAUGCUUAUGGUAUGCAUGAUGCCUCUGUUCUAUUUAAGAUUAAUGUGUGGAUAGUAUUAGGAUAAACCCAUGUAUAUGUAGUGCAUAAUACAUGUCAAAUUGAGCUAUCUGAAUUUGUGACCACAAUAGUAUAGAUAACUAAGAAUCUAAGAUGCUUUUGGAAAUGUGCUGUUUACUUGAUACUGUAUGAAAUCAUGUUUAACAGAUGGCGAAACCAAAGCAGAAAAAGAAGAAACAAAAAGCCCAGGCCCAGGAGCAAGCUCAGUUUGACAUUCUGCAUAAAGUCAAGUCCUCCUUUUUGGGGAAACUUGAAGCACUAUGGAGGAUCAGAGUUAUGCUGGCAUUCUGGGGUAUCUGGCUUUGCAUUAAUCUUGAUUUGAUCCCGGAAAAGUGCAAUGAGGACGUUCUCUGUCAGCUGAUUCUGGAAAGGAUGCUGCAAACACCACUGGCAAUUAUUUCAAUCUAUAUCAUUGCAGGAUUUCUUCAAGUCGCAUCUGGUCUUGUUCUUCGUCUAACAUGGACGUUAAUGGUUAUGGUGUGGCCCCAAUGGUUUCUAGGCAUUCUGUUUCCUGAAGAGAGAUCUGUGAAGCAAUAUGUGCAUCUUUAUGGGGUUGUCAAGGAGCAUAAACCACGCAGUGGACGAAAACUUAUUGUUUGCACCAAGUAUGGAAUUCACCUGUGGCGUGGGUUCAUUGAGGUUGUCGUCAAGGCCCACAGGUGCAAUAGGAGCUGGGGAGGCAAGUUCUCUAUGCAGGAUCUGAGGUUAUGUGGGCACAGGUGCCGCAUCACCCGGGAAGCCACAUGCGAUGGUACAUACGCAAAUCUACUGUUGGAUUUGUCCACUCUGGCAGACCUAUUGGUACGUCACUUCAAAGACAACGGUGGCCCCAUUGACUACAUCAAGGAACUGUACAGCGGGAUGAAGAAUCCUGAUGGUCUUUCUUCACCGGCGCCAACCAAGGAACAGUUCUUGAAGUUUCUUGAAAAUCACCCUGCACUCUGCUCCGCAAGACAACGGAUAAUCUUCAUCUUUGAGCUUUAUCAAGCGUAUGAAAGCAUGGAUGAUAAGACAGAAAAACAACUCGUUGACAUAGCAUUAGCAGGUAUAACUGUUGGGGCUUGGGUUCGACAGACGCUGAAUGACAAUACGGCAGUGCUCGUAAAGGUCCUGACCUACCAGAAGCGGAACCAAAAUAACACUGCACCAGUCUAUGAUGAGCAGAACGCAUCAGAGCUUUUCCGGUUUCUAAGAAAUUUCCAUGCGCAUGGAGGGGAAAGGAAGGCAAACGGAGACCAAUGCAUGCAUGACCUGGAAGAUCUUGAAUAUGUUUCUGCAUACGCGCAUUCUACCUUCAUAUGUAAUCUCAUAUGUCAGCUUAUUGUACACACAGACAUGUCAAAAUCGUUUCAGUAUGCAUGGAAGAACUACACGGAGCAUACCGACUUUUAGCCAAGAAAAAGGUGGAAGCACUGUUGAAAAAGGUCAGGAAUGAUGAGCAAGUUGGUGGAGAUCAAGUUCAGGAGUGAUCCGCAGGUCAGCAGGGAUCUCUACAAGCAUGUUCGAUGGAUGGAUAGCUGAAGUGAAAUUUUGUUGGUCUGAUACAUGGUUUCUGGUCUUCCCCUGAUGGGACAUUCAAAUAGUGUUUUGUUACUGCCUAUUGCAUACAUAUACAUGUAUCGCAUGUCUCGACCUUGUUAUGUAGGGAUGCAGAGCGGACGGGUUUGCGGGCUACAGCCUAGUGCAAAUACAUCUCUAGUUUAGUGUUCAUUUUCCGGCUAGAAAUGAAUUGGUUUGCUGAUUUUGCGGGAUAUGCCGCUUGCAUCCCUACUGUUAUGAAUGAGGGUGCCUUUUUCGUUUU